GGCAGAGCAGAGGGGCACCCACUGCCCCCUGCACAGCGCUGCCCUGGGCUCCCCUACCCCUUCCCCACCUGUUUUUUGGGGCAGCGCAUCUCCGCGAGCAUCCCUCGCUCCAGCCUGAGUUUGUUUCCCAGCGCAGCUCUAAGGACGCAGGGAAGGAGCAACGCGCUCUCUGAGCUCCGCAUCAAGGACAAGGUUUCCAGGCAUCAGCCCCACGGGAAGCUCCGGGGCUGCCCAGCACCUCAUCCCUGCUCUCAGGGUGAGAAAUUUUGCAAUGAGGAAGCGGGCGCGCUGCGCAGCAGGAAGGGGGAGGCGAUGCUGAGCAGCGAGCUGGGGGCGAAACGGCGCGGCGGCCGCUCCAUGCUGCGCGGAGGCGGCGGUGGAGGAGGAGAAGGAGGAGAAGGAAGGGUUACCCGAAUUCGGGAGCGAUCGCUGCGGAGGAUGAGCGGCGGGAGCUGCAGAUGAGCGGCGGGCAGUGCGGGAUGUGAGCGCUGCGGGGCCGCCUUCGAUGACCAUCGGCAGCAGCAUGAGCAGCGGGUACUGCAGCUUGGAUGAAGACCUCGAGGAUUGCUUUUUCACGGCUAAAACCUCUUUCUUCCGCAGCGCGCAGAGCAAGGGCCCCGCCAAGAAUGUAACGAAAGCUGUAGAAGAAAAACCAGAGCCUCCAACUGUUGAGGAGAUCAAAGAGAAGAUCGAAAAAUACAAUGCGAAAGUUACAAACUGCCUGCUGAUGAAGCUGAGUGAUGAUGGGACCUACACAGGCUUCAUUAAGGUGCACCUGAAGCUGCGUCGCCCGGUGACGGUGCCGGCAGGGAUCCGACCGCAGUCCAUCUACGAUGCCCUCAAGGAGGUGAACCUGGCAGACACCACGGAUAGGAGGACGUCCUUCUACUUGCCACUGGAUGCCAUCAAGCAGCUGCACAUCAGCAGCACGACCACAGUGAGCGAGGUGAUCCAGGGGCUGCUGAAGAAGUUCAUGGUGGUGGAUAACCCGCAGAAGUUUGCGCUGUUCAAGGAGAUGCGGAAGGAUGGGCAAGUCCUCCUGCAGAAGCUGCCCCUCACUGAAUUCCCGCUGUACCUGCGGCUGCUGGCCGGCCCUGACACCGAUGUGCUCAGCUUUGUGCUGAAGGAGAACGAGACCGGGGAAGUGGAGUGGGAUGCGUUCUCCAUCCCAGAGCUACAAAACUUCUUAAUGAUCCUGGACAAAGAAGAGAAGGACAAAAUCCAGCAAGUGAAAAGGAAGUAUGAGAAGUUCAAACAGAGACUGCAGCAGAGCUUGAAAGAGGCUGGAGACAAACCUGGCUAACCCUCAGGGCACACCGGCAGUCAAAGUAAGCUACGUGCUGUUCUUAAAACGAACAGACUCUUCUCAGGACACCUUUUGGUGGUCACCCUCCCACUUCAUCCCUCCAUUAAGGACCUAGCACCCAUUACACGGACGUGUUGUGUUUCCUUCUUUUGAAACCUCAUACCCCAGGACCAGAGCCAGCCGAAGAACGGGACGUCUGCACCGGAGCUGCUGGGGUGGGCUGAGCAGCUCUGUGGGCGACGCUGAAUGCUGAAGGCAGCAGGAAGAGCAGGCUGAGCUGCUCACGCUCCUCCCAGCAGCUCUCUUGCUAUGGUUCUGCAGUCGCAUCGCGUGUCCCCACGUGGCCCAGUUCUCAUUUCUUAAGCAGGGCACAGGAAGGAGCAGAUAACACAGAGGUUGGUGCGCCGACCCGUGUGGGUGUUGCAGCUGUAACCAAUGCCAGACAGACUUGUUCAAGGCUAAGGUGGGAAAUGCAGUCAUGGCAGCUGCAGCACCCUGAUAGUCCUUCGGUAAGUGAUAGUCAUUCCAGGGAAAAUCAUUUAUUUUGUUUCUAAUUAACUUCGAAAACAGACUUGAAUUUGAGCAAAUAUCCACGAUGCUUAGCUGAGCUAGCCUGUAUGUUAUUCUACUCUGUAGGAAUCGGGACCUAUUUUUAAGAGAAAAGCAUGAAGAUGGAGGGUGUGGGAUGGUGGUUCUGCAUAGAACCCUGAGCAAUACACAGCCAGCAAAUGAUUGCAGGGAAGCUCAAACCCAAUUUCACCAAUCAGACCCAUUUUGAGCUGUGAAGGGGUCCGGCAGGAGAGAGAGGAGCUCCAACCCAGGCUGGGUUGUGGACGUGUCCGCAGCAAUGUCUGUGCAGGAGAUCCUUAGCACCAGGAAGAGCAAGGGAACCACAAACCUGAGAUGCUUUCCUGCCACCAGCCCCUUGCGCCAUGCCUCCUCUCGCUGACCCCCCCUGUGCUGCUCUCCCACCUCUUUUCUCCCUUCCUGGCCCAGGGAUGCUAUGGGGAUGCCAAUCCCAGAGGUGAUUUCCCCACCUUUACUUUCAGCACUUUGGACUCAGCACACUGCAUGUUCCAUCUUCCCUCUGUUCAGAGGACAGUGCAGCACAGUGUGAAAAGUGAACAUGAAAACUAGCUGGGUACAGAUGGAGCAUGUGAAAUGCUCUUGGCGACCCGAGUGUCUCCCACCUAUGUGAAGCGGGAAGGAGCAGGUUAUUAGGGAACAGAUGAUGGAGACAACUUGGAAGAGUCUAAAAUUUACCUCAGUGCCUUUUAUUUUUCCCGAAGUGUGAAAACUUUACAUUUGGGUUAAGGAGGAGGUUGGAAGGGGGCUUUUGCAAAGACCUUGGCAGCGCUCCCCCAGGUCCCUGCAGGCUGCUUUUGUCCAGAGAGAGAAGAGGAACCGUUGUUCCUUUCUGCAAGGUGACUGCUUGGCUUUUCUUUUUUCUCCCCCCAGAUUUAUACUUGAGUAUGUUUGUUUAUAAAGGUAUGGGAGUAACUGCAUCACUUACAGCCCUCUCUUUGUCACAUCACAAAUGCCACUUGGUGCAAGCUCAGUUCCAGCUCUUGCCUUACUCAGUGGUGUAAAAGGGUUUCCAGGCGAGGCUCCAGCCACUGCCACACGGUGCAGGAAGGGCCUCCCAGCUGUACUGUAUUCUCUACCCAGAUGACCUUUAACAGCAUGGCAGCAGCCCAAAUAGAGCAGUAAUUUUCAUGCUCUGGGGCUGUUUGCCUGUUUAUAAAAAUACUCAUUACUUCGCUAUGCACUUGUGAAGUAAUUUAAGUAACGUUUAUCCACUGCUUUGAGUCUUGAAAGCACUGUACAAAUACUUCUGUUCAGGCAAGUGUAAGAACACUGUAGAAACUGCCUCUGGUUCUGAGAAACAAGACCCAGAUGCUUGCUUUCAAAUCCCUUAUCUUUCUGGCUGUAAGUUUUAAAAAGAUUACUAUUAUUUUUCCUGGUUGCUGUUGUUUUUUACUCGAGUUCUGGUGACCAUCUCCCCUUCCCUUCCUGGAACCCAGCAUGUCUUUGACAUUCUGUAGAAGGCAUGGCUUCGUAUGCAAUUACUGUGAAUGCUGCUGAAAACCUCCUGCAAAGAGGAGGGCUCUUUCUUUCUUUCUUUUUUUUUUUUUAUGAUAUGGGGCAUUGGAAGUGGUAGAUAUUGAAAACUCAAAUUCCCAGCAGUCAGUUAUGUCCAGGACAGGCAUAUUGGGCCCCUUCCUUAAGAGCUGAGUACUGUUGGCAGUGCCUUUGGUUAAUAUGUUGUGUUGCCUAGUUUGUGUGACUUUAUUUCUCAUGGCUCUUGUAAAACAUGUAAAAUAAUGUGUAUAGAAUGGAAUAAGCAAAGCUUCUAUGGCAAAGUGAAAUGCAUUUUUUGCGAUGCUGUAAUUUAUUUUUAUUACUCCUUAGUAAUUCUAUGGCAUUUUUAAAAAAUGUCUCACUCCCAGCUUUUUUUUUUUUGAAGGUUCUGAAACUACUUAUUCAUAUGCAGACAGUGUAAAAGACAACGACAAUAAAACUGUCAGUAAUUAAAAUAAA